AUGGCAUGUCUUCAGAAGCUGCGAGAAGAUGUCGCAGCACUGGAGUCUUUAUUUCCUAGGGAACACGAGCGUUUUCAGGUGUUAUCAGCAUCUGUCGACGAAUUAACUUUACAAUUUAUUAGUCCCCAAAAUAAUCCAAUUAUCGUCACCGCUAACAUACUAGAGAAUUAUCCAAAUGUGGCACCAAUUUGGUUUAGUGAAUCAGAUGAUUCUACUGUUACAGCAAUUUUGCAGUCGUUAACUGAAGCCGAAGGUCCGUGUUACAUUUUGCCACAAACACAUGAAUUGGUUGUACGUCUCUGCUCAUAUUUCGAUAUUAACAUACCCACUGAACUAGUUUCUAUCGGACCCCCUAGAGAUGAGAGAGAUGAAGGAAUGGUAAGUGAUGACGAUUAUAUAGAAAUGGAAGAAGAAACAACAUCACGUAAAGAAGUGGAAGAAGACGAAGGUUUAUCAGAAGAACAAAAAGCAGUAUUUGCAAGACUCAGCCAUGUUCAACGUCAACAAUAUUUAACGGGUGUGGCUGCUGGUUCUGUCAUGGCUACUGAUAGGUUGAUGAAGGAGUUAAAAGAUAUCUUUCGUUCGGAUCACUUCAAAAAUGGUAUUUAUUCGGUAGAGCUUUUGAAAGAUAGUUUGUAUGAAUGGCAUGUAAAAUUGAGGAAAGUCGAUCCUGAUAGCUGUUUGGCCCAUGACAUGAAGGUUAUGUUAAGGAAAGAAUCGCAAGACCAUUUACUGUUCCACUUCGUUUUCAAAGAUACAUUUCCUUUCGAGCCUCCAUUUGUUCGUUUAGUUUCACCAACAAUUACAAAUGGUUUCGUUUUGGGAGGUGGUGCUAUUUGUAUGGAACUACUUACAAAACAAGGAUGGUCCAGUGCUUAUAGUAUUGAGUCGUUAAUUUUGCAAAUUGCUGCCACUUUAGUUAAAGGAAAGGCACGCAUAAAUUUUGCUGUUAAAGGACAAUAUUCCUUAACACGAGCGCAGCAAGCAUUUACAUCACUUGUACAGAUCCAUGCAAAAUCUGGGUGGUUCACACCACCUAAGGCCGAUGGCUAA